AUGCGCUGCCCAAAUCAGCUAUUUUUAACCAACCAAUAUUUUGGACUAGCACUCCCUAAUACUUGGCCGUACUAUUCUACUACUCUAAAAUUGACUACUACUACUCGACGGAUCAGCAAAAUCAGUAACUCCUGUCCCCCCGGUUCUGGUCAUAAGUGCCUCGUAGUUGAUGAUCGCGAAGCCAGACUCGGAGAGAGGUGGAUGGAAUUUCAGGGAAUCAAUAACUGGGACGGUUUGCUUGAUCCUCUAGACAGUGAUCUUCGCGAGGAGAUCCUAAGGUACGGGGAAUUUAUAGAAGCGGCCUAUGACUGCUUCGACUUUGACACAUCAUCAGCCACGUAUGCGACCUGUCGGUAUCCCAAGGGCACAAUGCUGACGCAUUGUGGACUGGGACAGAGUGGGUACAAGGUAGUAAAAAGCUUGCAUGCCACGUGUAAUGUUCAAAUGCCACGGUGGAUCGAGAGAAUCCCCAACUUGAUGCUGCCGCAAUCCAGCUGGAUUGGUUACGUGGCGGUAUGUGAUGACGUGGAUGAGAUUGCCCGGCUCGGUCGCCGUGACAUUGUGAUUGCUUAUAGAGGUACUGCCACUUGUUCGGAAUGGCUUGAAAAUUUACGUGCCACGUUGACUUGCGUGCCCGGUGACAUGACACCUUAUGAAAAUAACGAACCAAUGGUACAGAGUGGAUUCUUGAGCAUGUACACAUCAAAGAUUGAAGGUCAUUCAAGCUUACAAGAUACAAUAUCAGAAGAAAUUACCAGUAUUCUCAAUACUUAUAGUAAUGAAUCUCUAAGUAUAACAAUUACAGGACAUAGUCUUGGAGGAGCCUUAGCUAUACUUACAGCAUAUGAUAUAACAACAAAAUUUAAUAACUUGCCUAUGGUGACAGUGUUGUCAUUUGGAGGGCCUAGAGUUGGUAACAAGAGAUUUAGAUGCCAGUUGGACAAAAAUGGUAUAAAGGUACUAAGAAUAGUCAACUCUGAUGAUCCAAUAACAAGAGUUCCGGGAUUCGUGAUUGAUGACAUGGCAAGCCGAGGGGAUGCCACGAUGGCAAGACUGCCAAGCUGGCUUGAAAAGUAUAUGGAAGAUACCCAAUGGGUGUAUGCUGAGGUGGGGAAGGAGCUUAAGUUGAGCAGCAAAGAUUUAAUUAGCAAAUUAAACGUAGCCACGUGUCAUGAUUUGAAGACAUAUUUGCACUUGGUGAAUAAUUUUGUUAGAGAGACAAAAGAGAUUUACAAACAGUGUUAA